AUGACUACUCAUGAUGCGGAACGAAAACAGAAACGGGAUUGUGUAGAAGUAACAACGGGCCCAAUGGCUGAGACAAGACAAGGCUCUGUGUGCGUUGCGGAUCGAGCCGCUAGCGCAUCAAGGGCGGCAGCUGGUAAAAGGCCUGGGCCCAGAACAAUGAUGGAGAUAUUUGUCGAGAAGGCAAUGAAUCAGACAAACACACCACUAGCGAAGCCCACAGGUGUGAACGCGGGUCAAAUGAUGCAACCACACAAGAGCAAAUCGAGAGCUUUCGACCGACUAAUGGCCGGCCAGAAUCGGGUGUAGCAAACUGGAGAUACGGGAUGGAAAAUGUGGGGUUAUCUUGAAGCCCAGUCUCGUAGGCACCUGGAAUGGCCCGUCACACAAAUUCUCAUCAGCGUUGCGUCGUGGGACAGCAACACGGUCCAGAUAUGUACUGGUUUAUGAUUUUUCAGUGGCAUGUUCUUGUAGCAAUACACGGUCCGCCUCCUCCCCGAGUCGUUUUCCCUACACUUGAACAAAUUUAGCCUAGGCAAUAGCCCGGAUAUUUGACUCUAC